CGAUUACACCAUUCUUUGGCGAAGACUGUUCAGCACUGGUGACCUCUUCCAAUCGGACACUCUACAAAUUAUUAUCUCUGGACGUCCAGUGGACACCCUGCCGGAGGCAAGAUCUACUGAGCCAGCUGGAACUGCGCCUUUUCUCUUGUCAAGGCUUUUUUCUUACAGAGGAAAGAGAAGGAAAAAAAAAGAUGAAGUUGGGCAAGGUGGAGCUCUGCCAUUUUCUGCAGCUGAUUGCACUUUGCCUGUGCCUCUCUGGCAUGAGCCAAGCCGAACUCCCCAGGUCCAGGUCAAAGCCCUACUUCCAGUCAGGGCGGUCCCGGACCAAGCGCAGCUGGGUGUGGAAUCAGUUCUUCGUGCUGGAGGAGUACAUGGGCUCAGAUCCCCUCUACGUGGGAAAGCUUCACUCUGAUGUUGAUAAAGGAGAUGGCUCCAUCAAAUACAUCUUGUCGGGCGAAGGGGCGAGUUCCAUCUUCAUCAUUGAUGAGAACACUGGGGACAUCCACGCCACCAAGAGGCUGGACCGUGAGGAGCAGGCGUAUUACACACUGCGUGCCCAGGCGCUGGACCGGCUCACCAACAAGCCUGUGGAGCCCGAGUCCGAGUUCGUCAUCAAGAUCCAGGACAUCAAUGACAACGAACCCAAGUUCCUGGAUGGCCCGUACACCGCGGGAGUUCCCGAAAUGUCUCCUGUGGGGACCUCUGUGGUACAGGUGACAGCCACAGAUGCUGAUGACCCCACCUAUGGCAACAGCGCCCGAGUGGUCUACAGCAUCCUGCAAGGGCAGCCAUAUUUCUCUGUGGAACCAAAGACAGGAGUCAUCAAGACCGCCCUUCCAAACAUGGACAGAGAGGCUAAAGACCAGUAUUUGCUUGUUAUUCAGGCAAAGGAUAUGGUUGGUCAAAAUGGAGGACUCUCGGGAACCACGUCGGUCACCGUGACCCUGACGGAUGUCAAUGACAACCCACCUCGCUUUCCUAGAAGGUCUUACCAGUAUAAUGUUCCAGAAUCUCUGCCAGUGGCUUCUGUCGUGGCUAGAAUUAAAGCAGCCGAUGCAGAUAUAGGUCCUAAUGCUGAAAUGGAGUACAGGAUUGUGGAUGGCGAUGGUCUGGGGAUUUUCAAGAUUUCUGUUGACAAAGAUACACAGGAAGGAAUCAUCACUAUACAGAAGGACCUGGAUUUUGAAGCCAAAACAAGUUACACACUACGGAUAGAAGCUGCGAACAAAGACGCUGACCCACGCUUUCUAAGCUUGGGGCCCUUCAGCGACACCACAACUGUGAAGAUCAUUGUGGAAGAUGUGGACGAGCCUCCGGUGUUUUCUUCGCCCUGGUACCCCAUGGAGGUGUCGGAAGCCACCCAAGUUGGGAACAUCAUUGGCACUGUGGCAGCUCAUGACCCAGAUUCUUCUAACAGCCCUGUGAGGUAUUCAAUUGACAGAAACACCGAUUUGGAGAGAUAUUUCAACAUCGAUGCCAACAGUGGAGUUAUCACAACUGCCAAAUCUUUAGAUCGAGAGACAAAUGCUGUUCAUAACAUCACAGUCCUCGCAAUGGAGAGCCAGAAUCCAUCUCAAGUAGGACGAGGCUAUGUGGCCAUCACGAUACUGGACAUCAAUGACAACGCUCCGGAAUUCGCCAUGGACUAUGAAACCACCGUCUGUGAAAACGCUCCGCCAGGGCAGGUUAUCCAGAAAAUCAGCGCAGUUGACAAAGACGAGCCGUCCAGUGGUCACCAGUUUUAUUUCAGCUUAACAACAGAUGCAACCAAUAACCACAACUUCUCAUUGAAAGAUAACAAAGACAACACAGCCUCCAUUCUCACCAGGAGAAAUGGCUUCCGCAGACAGGAGCAAUCUGUUUACUACCUUCCCAUCUUCAUCGUGGAUAGUGGUUCACCUUCCCUCAGCAGCACCAACACCCUCACCAUCCGUGUCUGUGACUGCGACGCAGAUGGAAUAGCCCAGACCUGCAAUGCGGAAGCCUAUGUUUUACCAGCGGGUCUCAGUACCGGAGCUCUGAUUGCAAUCCUGGCCUGUGUGCUCACGCUGCUGGUGCUGGUGCUCCUGAUCGUCACCAUGAGAAGACGGAAAAAGGAGCCGCUCAUUUUUGAUGAAGAGAGAGACAUCAGAGAAAACAUCGUCAGAUAUGACGACGAGGGGGGCGGAGAGGAAGACACGGAAGCCUUCGACAUGGCCGCGCUGCGGAACCUCAAUGUCAUGAGAGACACCAAGACCAGGAGGGACGUGACUCCGGAAAUCCAGUUCUUGAGUCGACCCACUUUCAAGAGCAUCCCAGAUAAUGUCAUCUUUAGGGAGUUUAUUUGGGAGAGACUGAAGGAAGCUGAUGUGGACCCCGGUGCUCCGCCUUACGACUCCUUGCAGACGUAUGCUUUUGAAGGCAGUGGCUCAGUAGCCGAGUCCCUCAGCUCCUUGGAUUCCAUCAGCUCGAACUCUGAUCAGAAUUACGACUACUUAAGCGACUGGGGGCCCCGUUUUAAACGGCUCGCAGACAUGUAUGGAACCGGCCAGGAGAGUUUGUACUCAUAGCCCUGAACCUCCAGUUGAAAUGUACUGCCAACACAGUAAACACAAAACCCACUGUACACAGAAAACCAGAACUCUGCUCGCUAGAGAAGAUGGUCAUAAAGAUUGCUCCCUUUUUACCUGUGUAGGUUUCUGAGGGGUGAAGCGUUCUCUUGCUAGACUUAUGCAUGGGAUUGCACUGACCACAGACUGAGCAUUUGGAGGCUUUUUGAUAAACAGAAAUGCUCAGUGGUUUGUGAAUAGACAGCAACUCUCAGAUACCUGCACGGGCACCUGCCUUUCUCAGUGAGUAGAGCCCUGGGGCAUCAGUGACCCAGAGUCCUGUGCUUACCUACCCUCUCGCACUGCCACUGGAGAGGACUAGAAACACCAUGUGUCAGCAUUGGGUCCUCACGUCUCACCUAGCAAAACUAGGAACAAAUUUAAUUUACAGUGACUUUUUCUUAAGCUUGCUAGAUAGAAUUCAGCAGAAUUUUAUUGCUGUUGGUUAGCAGAUAUAUUUUACUUAGCAGUAUAUCAAUUCUUAGAAAAACUCCCCCAAAUAAACACCCCCCACCCGACAAGACAAGACCAUAAAAUUUGCUUUAAGGCAACCUAAAACCUUUGUUCAGCAAAUCAAUUACAAAGCAUUCCAAACAAGAAAAAGGUGAAUCAUUCUUCAAGUUUGCAGCCAUUUGAGAUGCGUGUGUAGGUAUGGGAAAAGUUGCUGUCUAUUCCUUGGGUUUUCUUACCUCUUCUGAUUUGUACAGGAGACUAUCUUUGCUUUUUUAUUUGACACAUGGUGUUAUCGUUCCUUGGGAGAGCCAGUCUCCACUAAAUCCAGGCCCCUCUUUCUGCCUGGCAGUGUUAAGCUGCUCAGUACACGCUGAUAUUUCUCCAGCCUGAGGUACCUGGAAAAGAGGAUGCUGGGGAACAGGAAAAUGGGAGUGCCCUCAGCCGGGCACACAUCUCCAAUAAUGUGGGGCACGCUCGCCCGAGCCAUCACAGUGUGCAAACAUGGGAAUAAAGUAUUUGUAUUUUAGAAAGAAGAUUUUGGAGAGAAUUGAGAUUUACUUUAUGUCAAAUUUAUUUUUCAAAGUCACAAGUUCUAUAUGCUCCAAAGACUUGAGAAUGUGUUUUCCCCCAACCUCUUUUGCUGUGAACAUACUGAGUAAAAGACUUGAUUUUUUAAAAAAUAUAUCUAAACACACUAAUAGAAUAUACUUUCAUGUCCCACCUUUAAAUCCUGAUGCAAAUGACUAAUUUCUCUACUGGCUCCGCUGUGUUGAAAUGAGAAGGGUGAUUCAAGCAAUUACCUGGUUUGAUUUUGAGAUGGGUUCCUUGGAAAAGAGAAAUUUAUGACUAAUAUGACAUUUAUACCUAUCUUUUUUCCCACAUUAAUACUGAUUUAAUACGUUAUACUCAAGUAGGAAUGGGUUUUACUUUUCCUUUUAAAAAAGAAUUUGUUGGGUUCACAAUAAAUGACAGUAGACCCGUGCUCUGUUCUGAAAGACAGACACCGAAUCCAGAAUAUCGCUAUUUGCUUCCACCAGGAGAAGCUAUGUCGGAUUCUGUAAACUUGCAGCCCACAUUUAGAAAUGAAAUAUGUGACAGUGGCCUUCAGCUUCAUCAAAAUAAAUAACUCAAUAAAUUUCU